UUGUUUCUGGAUUAAAGCCAGAAUCAACAUUGUCCGUAUUUCUAAUCAAAUAACGGAGAAACAAUUACAAAUCCUGAUGCAGUUAAAGGACCCUGCAGAGUGGCCGGACCUAGCCUGCGCUGUGUCUGAAUCGGUUCUGACUUUAGGCAAGUCGUUUCAAUGGGGAAAAUGGCGAAGAUGUUCAGUUUCAUCCUUGUUACCACUGCUCUGGUAACUGGCAAGGCAAGCUGGGCUCUUGAGAACUGUCUCCAGGAGCAGGCGCGUCUCAGAGCCCAGGUGCACCUGCUUGAGACCCGGGUCAAACAACAACAGGUCAAGAUUGCGCAGCUUUUGCACGAGAACGAAAUCCAGUUCCUGGAUAAAGGAGAAGAGAGCAGUGUCAUUGACCUUGGAGGCAAGAGGCAAUAUGCAGAUUGUUCAGAAAUUUUCAAUGAUGGUUCUAAGCUCAGUGGAUUUUACAAAAUCAAACCUCUUCAGAGCCCAGCAGAAUUCUCUGUUUACUGUGACAUGUCUGAUGGAGGAGGAUGGACUGUGAUUCAGAGACGAUCCGAUGGCAGUGAGAACUUUAACAGAGACUGGAAUGACUACGAAAAUGGCUUUGGAAAUUUUGUCCAAAAAAAUGGUGAAUAUUGGCUGGGUAAUAAAAAUCUUCACUUAUUAACCACACAAGGAGACUACACUUUAAAAAUCGACCUUGCAGAUUUUGAAAGAAAUAGCCGUUAUGCCCAAUACAAAAAUUUCAAAGUUGGAGAUGAAAAGAAUGCCUAUGAGUUGAAUAUUGGGGAAUAUUCUGGAACAGCAGGAGACGCGCUUGCAGUGAGGUUUCAUCCUGAGGUGCAAUGGUGGGGCAGUCACCAAAGAAUGAAAUUCAGCACAUGGGACAGAGAUCAUGACAACUACGAAGGCAACUGUGCGGAGGAAGAUCAGUCCGGCUGGUGGUUUAACAGGUGUCACUCUGCAAACCUGAAUGGCUUAUACUACCUGGGCCCCUAUAGCAAUACAACGGACAAUGGGGUUGUCUGGCACACCUGGCAUGGAUGGUGGUAUUCUUUGAAAUCCGUGGUUAUGAAAAUUAGGCCAAAUGACUUUAUUUCAAAUAGUGUUUAAUGGUUCCCCCUGGGGUUUUACUUCUGCAAGCAUGUUGGUUUAAAGCGAUUUGAAAAAUAACAAUGCUGAACUUAUACAUGUUUGAUGAUGGUCAUUGUUGUGUACUACUUUUCAUUCUUACUUGUCUUUGUUACUUAAUGUACAGAAAUUUUAUGUAAUAUUCACCAAAUAAAUGUAGAUUAUGUUAA